GUGUAGAAAGCAGAAGUUAUACUGGUUGAUAUAGACAAACAAACUCACUCACCCCGAAUUGCUGAGGCACGUCGACUGGAGUCAGCUGAGAACUCACAUGAUACCGACUUGACCCGAAGAGACCGGAGUUCACCAUUUCGCACGCACGACUACUGUAUCUUGCAGGUACUGGCCAAGAAUUUUGUUUUCUUUGAUCUUCAGAGACUCUCUGAUGAAGGGUCUAGGCCCGAAACGUCAGCUUUUGUGCUCCUGAGAUGCUGCUUGGCCUGCUGUGUUCAUCCAGCUUCACACUUUGUUACCCAGGUUGGUUUUCUGAAGAACAUUAUGCAGGCCCGAAAGUUGCUGUUGAUAUCCUGCAUGCAGGUCCUCUUCCUCUCUGUCAAGCUGCAAACAAUUUCUGAAGAGAUCAUCACAUCCUUGAAUGCACGCCUCCUGCAUUCCACACACUCGUCGUUGCCAGCCAAUCCCAGUGUCCACAUUGCCCUACGAUUAUCCUUGUACCACAGCCUGCAUGAUGAACGCAGAUACCUACGGAGACUGAAAACUGACCUUCAAAACAAACUACACAGCUUCUCAGGUGUACAACUCUCCACAGAUCUGGCAGCCCUAUACCUCCUGGCCCUGCGAGCAUCCUGCCAGGACCGCCAUAGUCAAAAACAGGUGAUUACAUAUCUGAAAAGAAGACUCACAGCUGAGAAAGGGAAUGCAACCCAACAUGACUCUUACAACAACUACUACCAGUACAGUCUGGGCGUGCUGGCGUUGUGUGUGAAUAAUGUGCGGAUUGAUCGCAGUGUCCUAUCAAGACUGGAACCACAUAAACAUCCUCCUGCCUGGUCAGGAUUGGGCAAACAUGAGCAUCAACAGCACUGGUUUGUUGGCACAUCAGCGAUGAUGGUUUUGGCACUCAAGUGUGUCAGUGAAUCUAAAGUGCCCAAUACUGGUACCUGGAUGUACAGCAAUGACGCAAGAAAGAAGGUACUAUCUGCAAUGAAUAAACUGAUACAAAAGAUACAGGAUCGACAAAGAGAAAAUGGUGAAGUUGGGGACAUUUACAGCACAUCACUGGCCUUGCAGGCUUUGUUAGCUGUUGGAGAUGAAGAAAGGUGGUUAAAAGGAAAAGCGAGACUCCUGAUUGAUGCCCGACAGGGAAUGUUCCGCAAUCCAAUGGCGCUGUCUCAACUGUUACCUGUCUUGUAUCAAAGAACCUACCUGGAUAUUGGCCAAAUUAACUGCAUCAAUGAGAAUGAUAGCCUGAAGUGGAUGCAAUCAGAUCACAGAAAAGAACCUAAAUCAAACAAUCAGAAAGGAUUUGUUCAUCUAACUGUAAAUGGCAUGAAUGGCACUGUUAUUUGCACAGCCAAAGUGCGACUAUUUCAGAAAAUGUCUCUCCAAGCGGUGUUGAAUGAAGCAAGAAUUAAGGAUGCAAAAUUCAACUUUGAGACCAGACCGACACUGUGGGGACCUUUCUUGACUUCAAUAUGCAACCUGAGGGCACAAGAUAACUCAAGAAACUAUUGGCGUCUGCUAACUGGAAACAAUACCCCACUUAAACAAGGAAUUCAGGAUUAUCGCCCACACCAAGGAGAGCACAUCGUGCUGCGACUCAGCAAAUUCUAGCAAAUGCAAGUUUAUCUGCUCCCCUCAACCUCCGUUGCGGUCAUGCUCCUGCAUCCAGCUUGCUUAGUGAAUCAGCUAAGUAAAUCAGAGGCCUAAGCAACAAAUAUUUUUUUUAAACUAAUAAAACAUAAUGAUUAAGCUUUUGCACUCUGGCAUCACAGCAUCUCCUAGACUUCAAGCAGGCAAUGACAUUGAGAAUCAAGAGGAUGACUGCCCAUCUCCAGCCACAGCUACCGAUUUAACUAGUAUCUACUUUAUCCAGCCUUAUCGACAAACAUCUCACCACUUGAACUUCGCUCUAUCACAAAGUGUAAAAAAAUCUUCCACCUUCUUUUGACUCUGCUAGCAACAGUGUGUGUGCAUGAAGCCUCCCUCCAGCUUUUACCUGUACUAAGGAAUGUGCUAGCAGCAAGCCUGAAGAACCAAUUUCCCCCAGACUUUCGGCACCUUAAGGAAAUGACAGUGUGCCUCACUUUUCUAGAAGUAAAGACUCGCUGUCAGACAGUGCGCCUUGGCUUCAUGAUCUUUUCUGAGAAAAUAUAAUGGUACUGACUGAAGGCUGAGGCAGUGUUUUAAAAGUAGAAUUAAAGGAGAGAACAUGUAGCCAAAAUGCAAAGCUGGUUUUAAUCUUCCUCAGUAACUUUCCUGUCAGGUGAUGCAUCCAAAAUUAUUUGACUGAACUGAUCCCUCAAACCUGAGUGCAGCAAUCUAGUUAUUCGGAGCUUAUAAUGUUAGGUCCCAGUUUAGUAAUACACAUUAAAAGUUGUGAUUUUUAGAAAUUUCAUAUUUACAAUUUUUUUUAAUUCCCAAGGAAUGACACCAUCUCUUUUAUUGAGACAAUGCUCAGGGUGUAUUAGUUUAUAUGUAAAGAUCAGAAGAAAGGCAAAUUAAGAUACUAACUGUACAAACAGCUUGCUUUUACCUCACCUAGAUAGCCAUUCUUUGCAUACGAGUUUGGACAGCUUUGUGCCUCAAGCCUGUUGAUUCACAGGAAUUGCCAUCUCGGAGCCAUAAAUUGUCAUCCCCCAUAAAUAAUUGUACAAUACUUAAACAGAUUUUUAUUUAAAUGUUGGUUAGACCAAAGGUGUUGCAGUCAAUUAUUGUACUCCUACUGCUACCUCAACAUACCACAACUCGGUGAUUGAACCUGAGAUGUUCCGGCCUCCACAGCUCGUGGCACACCAGACCUUAAAAUCUCUGUCUGAUUAUUGCACAGAUACCAAUUGAGUCCUGACAAUGCUAUUUGGCUGAUUUUUGUUUCCGGUAUCUUCUGUUAAAUUAAUAUUAGUGAUUGCCAAUGAGUGAGAAGUUCUGGGUUUGAAUCCUUCCAUAAUAGUUAAUGGAAGGUGUGUUCAUAAUACAGACAGACUGGUUGGUUGAGUAUCAACCUGCAGCCCUUUCUUCCAACAUACCAAUGGCAGGUGAUGAGAGUGGGAAAGAUUCUUUAUCUUCCAUGUUUUGGCAAGAAAAUUGGAGUCUCUAUAUCCCUAGCUAUUUUUUCCAGACUACAACAAACACCAAAAAUAUAUCUUGCCAUGUUAAUUUGGACUCACUUGGUGAUCUGUAACAUAACACAACCACUAGUAAUAUUGUGCUGAUCACACAUUUGUCAGAGACAAGAGGAUAAGGAAGCUGGGACAUUCCCACAUUUUUUUUUUGCCCCAGCAUUUCCUAAAGUAUGGCAAACCAUUUCUAAAUGUCUUUUUGUAAUUGUUGCUUAUUAUUGUAAUCAUUGUUAAAAAAUUAAAUAUUAAAAGCAUUCAUCAACUUC